AGAGUGAGACAGGUGUUUCGUCGCUGCAUCAGGGAGUGAAGAGGCAGGUUAGGGAAUCGAACCGGCGAUCAGGAGCAUACACUGUGAAGCGGCGACACCAGGGUCACCAGGGUUACCAUGGUUACCACGGUUACCACGGUUCCCAGGGCGGCGCUCUGCCUUUCCCUCUGGCUGCUGGCCCUUCAGGUCCGAGGCGCCUACAUCCCGCCCAAGAUGAACAGGACCAUCGACAGCCUCCUGAAGCACUAUAAGAUUCCGGCGAGAGAAAGAUUCAACGGGCAGCCGGUCUUCUCCAAGGACGCACUCGCUGGCACAAUGGAGGCGAAGAGGCUGUUUAUGGGCGGCGUCUUGGAGACGUACGAGAAGCUGAUUGGCCAGAUGUUGCAGCAGCUGCCCGCGCACCCGACCCCCCAGGCGGCCGAGAGCAACGAGCUUCCGGCGGGCGGAGACGUCCGGGCGGAGCUGAGCUACGUCCUGAAGAAGGUCCAGGAGCUCCGGAAACACCGCUACCGGGAGCAGGAGGCGCUGCUGCAGGAGCUGAGGGCCCUCAGACACCUCCAGAUAGAUAACCUUGUUGUCCAGAGCAAAGCAUUGUGGGAGCUGCCGUGGCUGUACGAGGAGGCGAGCUCAUUAUACGAUGUCAGGGUUUAGGGGAGGCGGCGGCGGCGGCGUCAAGCCCGGAGGGUCAGAACCCGCCCGAGUGCCUGAAGCACCAACAACAUGCCAACAACAACAACAUGUCAACAACAACAUGUCGACAACAACAGCAACACAUGUCUCAUUUAAACCAGCCUGCCUGCGUUACGUGUUUUUCUGAACAAGAGUUUCCUCCAGAGAUUAUUUAUAAGUGAGGAUAAACCAGCAGCCGAUCACAGAGAGGCUCAGUUUGUAAAAUUCAUAUAUUUUUUAAGGAGAUUUAUACUUUAAAGAAGUGGAGGUUUAAUCCUGUGACAUUUUUAUAAAAACUAUUUAUAUUCAACAUUAAUCAUAAUAACAACCAAUCAUCACAUGAAAAUACUUGAUUUCUUGAUUUUUUUAUUAUUAUUUAAAAAGUGCAGAAGGUUUAAUGCUCAAAUAAUUAGCUUAAUAUAAUUAUGAUUUAUUUAACUCGGAUUUUUGUAUUUUACUGACAUGUAGUUUUCUAUAUUUAUUUUUGUAUUUAACGCAUCUAAUUGUUGAUAAUUUAUUGAUUGUAUUUAUGGAUUGACACAUGCAGACUAAUGCGGCUGAAUUAAACAUAAUUCACUUCACUUUCUGAUUCCUGUGCUGAUUGUGAAGAUGAACUUUGUCGUUCCGUGAAAUUCAUUUCUGACUUUUUGGUUUCCGUUAUACGGAGAAUCUGAGUGAGUGAGUCUCUGAUCCGGCAAAACAAUCGAACCUCAACGUCACGCCGUUUCUCUCCUCCAUUUGACCAGUUUUUGUGAAAUUGAAGAGGUCACGGAGGUCGUGAA